UUGUACGAGGGCUUCCAAAACCUUACUGUGACUCGACAGCAUCCCAUCGCUUUGCCCCUCUCUCUGCUCACCGCUUCUUCGACCACCGAAAAGACCACGCGUAUAGUCGCUGAGACGGAUACUUCAAAUGCUUCUGGCCCCACGCCUAAUGUCACUCAACAGACCGUUUGUCUACCUGCCACUUCUGAAGUUGGCAGGUUCACCGUGCAGCGGACCGCAGGCUCUGUUUCAGAAACACCUAACACUGGGGGACAAAUGAAAUCGGCUCAAGCCAAACCGGGCACCAGCCUGAAGCCUCAAGCCCUACCGCCCCACUACCAGCAACUUCAACAUCAAUGCCAACAGCCACAACCCCAGCAGCAACAACAGCAUUACUCUUUAACAAGUCAGUUGCCUUCUGCUCUACGUCGAGCCUUGGUACAAGUAGCUCGAUCUAAGGCAGGAACUGUUUCGAUUGGACAGGCUGCUGCAAUGGCUGGCAGUGGCGGCACCGGUGGCAGCUCCGGCGGGGCUGGUAGUCCUACAUUGCCUACCUCACCUGUCACAACGACACCACUCACCAACGUAAGCAUUGGGGCAACUGCCUCGACGGCCACUUCUUCAGCUGCUGGAACCUCUGGCAACAGUGUUACAGCCACCCCAUCCGUCUCGUCGGCGCUAGCAGCAAUGACUCCAUCUACAUCAGCAGCAAUGGCAAUUGUUCCAUUCACCGCAAAUUCAGGUCAGGCCCGGCUGAUGGCGCCAACUGGUGGCCGAGGUGAGAACUGA